AUGCCAAAUCAAACUGAUUGGAAGAAGCUAGUGACGCUGAUGUAUUAUCUGAAUGGGACAAAGGGAAUGCACCUGACGUUGAGUGCAAAAGAUUUACGAUCUUUCAAAUGGUAUAUUGAUGCAUCAUUUGCAGUUCAUCCAGAUUUCAGAACUCACACUGGGGGUGUAUUGACUAUGGGUGAAGGAGGAUUACAAAUUAUCUCAAAGAAACAGAAGCUGAACAGUCAAAGUUCAACAGAAGCCGAGUUGAUUGAUGUCCAUGAUGCUGCAACACAGAUAUUGUGGACAAAAUUAUUUGUGGAAGCACAAGGUUAUCCUGUUGAAGAGAACAUCCUAUAUCAGGACAACAAGAGUUCAAUUCUAUUGGAAAAGAAUGGACGUGAUAGUGCCGGAAAGCGAAGCUGA